GUGGUGGGGGAAGGACGCACGGCCCCGGACGGAGAACGAAACACAGAAAGAGAGAGAGAGAGAGGGAGCGAGAAAACGAGAAGAGGAGGAAGAGGGAGAUAAGACAAGAGCGUAUUUGAUGGUGUUGACAUCACUCGUUCUGUGACGUCUUCAAGAAGGCAGAUUAAGAUGAGGGCCUGACGGCGCUCUCUCGCCCCCACGUGCCCAGAACUUUGCUCUCGCCGUCGCAGAUCAACGUGACGUCACGGGGCACUGCCAGGACCGUGCCACUGCUGUCACGGGGACGCAGUGACGGCGGGGGGAAGAACCUGCCAUUCAACCUUACAGUGUCGCCGCAGGAACGACGAAAAGCAAACAAACCGACUCAUCAAAGGAACAUCCUAACAAACAAACAAAAAUCAAAACAGCCAAAAAUCCAAGAAUCACCAACCAAACCCUACGAAAAGAAAAGAAGAGAGAGAAAGAGCUUAGAAAGAAAGAUAGAGCUUAGAAAGAAAGAGCUUAGAAACAAACAAACAAACAAAUUAAAACCACAAUGGGAAGCGUGGGUCAACAGCAGCAGGCAACAGCAGGGGCAGCAGGAGGGGGGGGAGGCGUCAACGGAGAACUCUCAGUGUACGUGAAGGCGGGCGUGGACGGCGAGAGGAUGGGCGCCUGUCCCUUCUGCCAGAGAGUCCUCAUGGUCCUCCUUAUCAAGUCCCAGCACAACCUCUUGAGAUUUAAGGUCAUCACCACCAACCCAGCCAAGCCUCCUGCAGAAUUCAAGGCCCUGGGGCUGAAACACGUGCCCGCCCUCAUCCACGGGGACGACGGCUUCGACGCCCUGGACGACAUCGUCCACUACCUCGACACGAAGUUUCCAGGAGGUGGACUCGAAUACAACAGCGCCGAGGCAGACCUAGCAACCAAAGACUUCUUUUCCAAAUUCUGUUUCUACAUAAAAGCCGUCAACCAAGACCCUUCAAAGCUCGACCAGGCUCUGCAACGCCUCAACAACUUCCUAGAACGGACGCACGUUGCAAACGGGAUAUCCAACGGAGAUGCAAAUCUUCAGGCUGACGAGGACGAGGGAAGCUCAGGUGCGCAAAUACAGUACCUUGGUGGAAGCAAUUUAACGCACCUUGACUGCGAGGUUCUGCCCAAACUACAGCAUUUGCGCGUGGCAGCCAAAGCACUCAAGGAUUAUGAUAUCCCAACGAAUCUCCGCGGUUUCUGGCGGUAUCUCCAUGCUGCUUACACCAACCCAGUAUUCAUAAGGACCUGUCCCUGCGACCAAGAGAUUAUCCUCCACUGGCACGACAGACCUGAAACUCCGAAGCUCUCCCAUAAAAAGCACUCCGUAAUCGCAAAGGAGAAGGAGAAAUAUUCCUUCGAUGUCCCAGUUCAUGCCUGUGUGGUGACAGUGGUGAAUGAAUAGUUAAUGGACAUUUGUCUACACAAUAAAUUAAUGAUAUUAAUAUUACAGAAAAACAAAAAACAAAAAAACAAAAAAAUAAAAGUAGGAUAGAUUGAUCAGUGUUUUGUUGUGUCUAUAAUAUUGUAAUAUAAUAUAUUUCAUAAGUUAAGUUACAGUUUUGUAUUUAAAGAGACUGUGAACUGUAGUCAAAAAUUGCUGUGUAAUAUAUAUGCCUCUGUGACUGGGACAACAUGACCCGUUUUGAUUUAUAUGCUAUAAAUAAACAGCCCAAAGCUUUACAUCACAGGGAAUAUGUCUUCUUAGAUUAUUGAGGCAAUAUUGUUCCCUUAAAUGACUUUAAUUCUUUUUUUUUAAUUACUGGAAUCAAUUAGAAUUUCCUUGAAUAAAUGGGAAAGAUGCCCACACUGUACAAUUCCUCAAAUAUUUUAUAUCAGGAAACAGACUCCACCUAUUGGGAUAUGAUAAAGAAAAACACGUUAAAAAAUAAUAAAAAGCCAUGACUUUUUUUUUUUUUUUACUUUUCAAAAAAGUCGCUCAACUUGAAAACCACAUGCUAGUCGAAGUAGCAAUCAACAAGUAGGAAACUUAGUGUCAGUUCUACGCUAGUUAUAUAAACAUAUGCCAGUACUGUAUCUAUACAUGCUAGAAAAUGCCAAUAAAAGAAACUAUACUGCAACAACUUCUAACUUCCGAGUUGUAUAAUAUUAACAAUGGACAUGAAGCUAAAUAUUAAAUAACUAUUGUAUUAUAUAUACACACAUAAUAAACAUUUACUCUCUCUCUCUCUCACACACACACACACACACACACACACACACACACACACACACACACACACACACACACACACACACACACACACACACACACACACACACACACAUGGUUAUCAUAUUCAUAUACUCAUGAAUACCAUGAAAAGAAAAAGAAGAUAAAAGGAAAAAUAACAAUAUCAAUAUAUGUGUUGCUUGACUGAAGACAAAAAACAGUGACGUUCUUCCAUUAUUUUUUUCUUCUUCUUCUUUGAAAUGUAGACGAAUUAUAAUCAUGACAAAAGGAGGUGUCAGGAAACGUCAGCCUACA